AUGAGCCGAUCUAAAGCAAGUUCCUUAGUUUCAGGAAGUCGAGCGGGAGUGACUAGCCUUCCUUCAAAGGCCAGAUGGGUGCCUUCUGUAUCUCGAAAGAGAUUACUGUUGGCAAGGAGCUACUCUUUCCCUCCACUCCGGGCUGGCAAGCUUAUAUCUCUCGAUAGCUGCGUCGGAUCUUUCCUGAAAGCUGAGGAAGGUGCGAAGCGAACUCAUUUCGUCGCCAGGGUGCAUUCCCUUGCAAAGAAGGUUGACUCUUCAACCAGUCUCCUAUCCUUUGAAAAGGCCCGCAGCCCGGGGCGCUUAGGUUUAGGUCGGCUAAGCAAAUCAGUUUUGCGAAGUAGGACAUCCUAUCCCUUACGUGGUGAGGCACUAGUUUCAAAAGAAUCUCCUAUUGCUAUUGGUUCUUAUGUAUGGGUUCUCUGUUAUGGUAUAAGUGCUGUAAGUAAGGUUCAGUCUUCCUCCGUAACGGUAGCAAGUGAAGCUACUGGAAAGCAAGUCGUGCCCCAGUCGAGAAUCUCUCGAAGAUCGUCUAUUCCCCUAAGAGCGAGCUACUCCCGAGAUGUCAUGAGCUUGUUCGGAUGUCGUCGAAUCUUCUUAUCAUCUCAGCUGAUAGCAGAUGUGGCAUUUCUUUCUUCAAGAGCCACUUUUUCUGAUUCACAAGCCCUUCUUUCAAAAGGCAUUUGCGCAAGGCGCAUUCUCGACAUCCAAUCUCUACCGAUCCCAUCUUCUACUCCUUUGGUCAUACCGGUUCCUCCACCAAUUGUUAUCCCAGCUGAGCCUGCAUUAUUGCUCAACAACCUCAAAGUAGUGGACAAGGAGAGAACUCAGCAUCGUGCAUGCAAUUCCAUCGAUCUGGUCAAUUCAUUUCCGCGAGACGCUGCUCCACUCUUUUGCUUUGGCAUUGCCAUACGAGGGAGAUCGCUCAGUUACAUGUCAAAAGAUAUGGAAUUUCCGACCAUCAGAUUGAAAUACGGGAAUUUAGACCGAAAGAUAUCCAUGUCAGUUAAAGAUGUCUCUUUUUUGAGUGAUAGGAACAGAGCUUCGGGCAAGCAGCUUAGCCAAGGCAGUAGCGUUGUAGUUCUUCCACGGCAUGCUCAUAGAAAGACUUCCUCCAUGGCAUAG